AUGGCAAAUCUGAUGGAAGAAGAAGAAGAAGAGGCAAGAAUAGAUGUUGAUUCUAUCCGCAGCUCACAAGCACAAGAUGGACCUGAAACUGAGGUUGUGACUUCACCUCAACCGAUGUCACCUCUAGUUCUACUUUCCGGAGAAAGAUACCUCUACCUCACUGUGUGCAUACCUCUUUAUGGAGCGGCCAUGAAAGGUGACUGGAAAACUGCUGAAGGUAUUUUUAAAAUGUUUCCACCAGCAGUGCGCAUGACCAUCACACAAGGAAGGGAUACAACCCUACACAUAGCUGCUGCGGCAAAGCAUGUCCAAUUUGUUGAGGAGAUGGUGAAAAUGAUGGAACCGAAAGACUUAGAACUUCAGAACAAAUAUUCAAAUACUGCUCUUUGCUUUGCUGCUGCAUCAGGAAUAGUGAGAAUUGCAGAGGUUAUGGUGAAAAAGAAUGAAAACCUUCCAAUGAUCCAAGGUGGUGGUGGAAUGAUACCACUCCAUAUGGCUGCUCUAUUAGGACAUAGUGAGAUGGUGCGGUAUCUCUACAACAAGACUGUUCAUGAACAUUUAGCUCCUGGUGAUUGGGUUGGUCUACUUAAUACAUGCAUCAGUACUGAUCUGUAUGAUGUAGCCUUGGACAUAUUGCACCACCACCCAGCAUUGGCUGUAGAAAGAGACGAGAAUGAUGAGACUGCAUUGCAUCUCCUGGCUCGGAAGCCUUCUGCAUUCUCUGGAGGAGAUCAGCUUCAUAUGUGGAACACUUUCAUCAAUUCAAUAUCAUGUAACAAAGAAGAACAAAAGAAAAAAUCGAAGCAAACCCAAGCCCUUCGACUAGUCAAACACCUUUGGCAGCAGGUUAGACAACGACAGCCCUCCGAGAUUUCAGAUCUGAUCAGAAGACCUUCUCCACUUCUCCUUGUUGCAGCAGAAUUAGGAAACACCGUCUUCUUAACAGAGCUUGUUGGCUCCUAUCCUGAUCUCAUAUGGGAAGCAGACAAUGACAACAGAACUAUAUUUCACAUUGCGGUUUUACAUCGCCGUGAGAGUAUCUUCAAUCUUAUAUAUGAGAUAGGCUCAAUGAAGGAUUUGAUUGUGCCAUAUAAAGAUGAUAAUGAUAACAACAUGUUGCAUUUGGCUGGACGAAAGGCACCCCUACCUCAACGCAAUAUUGUAUCCGGAGCAGCUCUUCAAAUGCAGCGAGAGCUAUUAUGGUUUAAGGAGGUGGAGAAGAUCAUGCUGCCUACAUACAGAGAAAGGAAAAACAAAGAUGGUAAAACACCCCGGGAUUUGUUCACCAAGGAGCACAAAAAUUUAAUGAAGGAUGGAGAGAAGUGGAUGAGAGGAACAGCUGCUCAAUCUAUGCUUGUUGCAACGCUUAUAGCCACUGUUGUGUUUGCUGCAGCCUUCACUGUACCAGGUGGUAGCAAUCAGGAUACAGGCAUUCCUAUUUUGUUGAGAAAGAAAUCCUUCAUGAUAUUUGCAGUGUCGGAUGCAAUAGCGUUAUUUUCCUCUUCAACUUCAAUACUAGUGUUCUUAUCUAUCUUAACCUCACGCUACGCAGAAGACGAUUUUCUCGAGUCAUUACCCUCUAGGUUGAUGUUUGGACUCAUAACACUUUUCGUUUCUAUCAUAUCCAUGAUGGUAACUUUUACCAUAACCUUUUUCCUAGUUUUCGGUCAUGGAUUUGCAUGGGCCCCUAUGCUUAUUGCAGUAUCUGCUUGUGUGCCAGUCACGCUCUAUUUUUCACUGCAAUAUCCCCUUUUGGCAGAUAUAUUUCGCUCUACAUAUGGCUCUAGGUUUCUCUUUCGACCCAGUAAGCGUAUGCUCUACUAG